AUGAAGCCCUCUAUCGCGACGGAGUGGCUGCCCAAGGAGACCAAGGAGCGCAUCAAGGAUGAGGAGCCGGUCCGUUUCGCGGCCGCGGUCGCCGCAGCGAAGCGCGAGUGGGAGCGGUGCCGCGCCCUGCCCGACACCGUGGACCCGCAGGAGGCCAUGCGGUGCAAGGCGCGCUUCGACUGCGCUAUUUCCGCGGUGUACAACCUCCUGCGCGUCGCGUGCCGCGCGGACCUCCGCACGCACGACGUGUCCAAGCUGGUCCACGUCCUCCUGGACGUCGUAUACGAGGCGGGCGAGGACGUCAAGCUCCAGGGCAUCGCGGCGCGGCUCCUCGAGGAUGUCCUCCGCAGCUUCCGCCGCCGGCUGGACGUCAGCAUCCCGUGGCGGCCGCUCCUGAGCCUCUUCUGCAGCAACCACAUGGCGCUGCCGACAGCGAUCCAGCAGCGGUCCACCAUGGUCAGCAACACGGACGACCUCCUCCACCUCGUCGCGUGCUGCCGCGUCUUCUUCCCCCUGGGCAGCGCCGCGGAGAUCUGGGCGCACUUCCGCCCCCACCUCCUCGACACCAACCGCGCCCACGCGUUCGAGUCCCUCUCGCUGCUCUCGGCGUUCCUGCCCACCACGGAGCUCGCGAGGGACCCCCACCGCGCGCCCUGGGCCGAGUGGCUCGACGAGUGGCUGGUCCUGUGGGACGCGCUCCCGGCCUGUCCGUACUGGUCCUCGCGGUGGUGCGACCUCUUCCAGCGCGUCCUGCGCGACGACGUCCGCGGGCACAUCCCGUGGCCCGACCUCUGCGGGCGCCUCUCCGCGCACUUCCUGCACGCCUUCAACAUCCCCGCCGGGAUCAGCGACGGCGGCCAGCUCCAGGGCGCACAGGUGCCGUCCGGCCUGAACACGCUCUUCGGCGGCCGGAACGCGUCGGAGGAGCGCGGAGUGGCGGCGUCGCUGGUGCACAUGCUCGGCCGGUGCGGCCCCGCGGCGCUCGACGUGCUCGACGCGAUCGCGACGCAGCUCGAGCACUACUGCCAGCCCGGAAACGAGGGUCCCUGGUCGCGGUCGAUCUUCCGUCUGCUCGACACGUUCACGUCCACGUUCAUGACGCGGCUCGCGAAGGAGGCGCGGCUGCGGGCGCUCCGGGCGCACGCGACGGUGCGGCGGGGCCGCGGAGGCGGGGCGAGCGAGCUGGCGGAGGAGGACGACGACGACGACGCGUACACGAUGGACAUUGGCGACGACGUGGAGAUGAUUGCGGAUCUCGAGGCCAUGCACGACGGCGACGAGGACGAGGACGAGGACAUGGACGAGGACUCCGACGGGGACGACGACGACUCGAUGAUGGGGUCGCAGGAGGGCGGCGGCGGGAUGCAGCGGCGGAUGCUGUCGACGUCGACGCGCGUCAUGAUCGACGCGCCCACCGCGAAGCACGUCGCUCUGCAGCUCUUCCGGCUGGCCUCGCGCGCGAUGUACGCGAAGGACCUGCGCGACACGAGCCUCGGGUCCCAGGCGCGGCACAUGCUGUACCUGUUGUCGUACAUUAUCCCGCACAAGGUGUUCCCGCUGGCGUGCCGGAGGUUCUCCGACGCGCUGCAGGCCGCCUCGGCCGUGCACCAGCUCAACCGCGCCAUCUCCGUCAUGUCGUCCGUCGUGCGGCCGAUGCUCGAGGCCGGCGCGCCGAGCGAGGCGGCACUGGACGCGGACGACGGCGCGGGCGCGGGCUUCGGCGCAGGGUGGGCGGCCGGGGGCGGGUCCGGCGCGGACGCCUCCGGGCCGAAGAACAGCUCGGGCCUCGAGGACGCGGACCGCCUCGACGUCGCGCACCUGGACCUGACGCAGCUCGACGUGGGUCUGCAGAAGUUCUCCCGGCCCCUGGCGGCGGAGAUGGUCGGGCGCGCGAUGGAGCUGCUGCUGGCGGCGUUCGACGCGAACGACCCGAGCAAGACGCAGAAGGCGAUGAAGUUCUACGUGCGCGUGCUGUCGACGGUCACGUGGCUGCCGGACAGCGAGGACGCGGAGUGGACGGCCAAGCACGGCGACGCACUGACGGUGCCGCUCGACACCGAGGUGUUCCUGGGGGAGUUCCUGGAGCGCGUGUUCGCGCUCAUCACGAACCUCGACACCCCGGGGAGCACCACGCGCGCCGACACCGCGCUCACCGCCGGCCAGGACCAGGCGCGCAAGACCUUCCUGUCGUCCAACAGCUCCCUCUACCUGCCGAUGCUGCAGCUGCUCCUGGCGCGCGUGUCGCCGCGCCUGCGCGUCGUCGCGGUCCGCCACGUCGCCAAGUUCCUCUCCGAGGCGUCCUUCAACACCGCCAUGUCGGACGCCGCGUUUCUCGCCUUUGUCUGCCAGGGCUUCUGCCCGGAGGAGACGGCGCGCGACAUCUUCCAGCCCGCGACGGAGCAGCUCCGCGAGGAACUGCGCUUCCACCGCGCCGCCCCGCGGAUCUCCCCGGGCGUCGAGCGCUCCGUGAUGUGGCUCGUGGAGGUCAUGUGCUUGGCCAUGGGGCGCGAGGUGCCGCGGCAGCAGCUCGUCGUGGCCUCGGAGCUGCUCGCGGACGCGUGGGAGCUCCCGUCCGUCGCCGUGCAGCUCACGUGCGGCGUGAAUCUGUCGCGCCUCGCGCUCAACAAGUCCCAGCUGCACAUGCGCGACCGCUACGCGCCGCACCGGGCGCCGCGCGGCGGGCGCUGCGGCGCGGACCUUGAGGAGACCGUCGGGCUCGCGAGCAGCGCGGUGGACUCGCAGAUGCCGUGGGACAGCGAGGACGCGGCCAGCAGGGACCACGCGAAGUGGGUGCUGGAACACCUGCUUCAAAGGUUCUUGGUUGAGCCUCUGGACCAGUUCGACGCCCUGAUGGCGCGCCCGCCCGUGCUGCCGGAAGCCUACCGCCUCCGGCGCGAGAAGGGCGAGUCCGCGGAGUCCGCGCACCGCGCUGCGCUGCGCUCAGUGCUGUCGCGCGUGCAGAACGCCCUCCGCUGCAGCGGCACCGUGCUGGCCGACUUCACGCUGAGCCAGGACGCCGCGGCGCGCGUCCGGGACAGCAACCCGGUCGGGGCGCGCGUGCAGGACCUGCGGCACCUGUUCCAGCGCGUGUCGACGCCCGGGGGGCCGGGGAGUGCGUCGAAAAGCCAGACACCCCCCAGGACUCCCCCCCGGAUGCACGACCCCGUCGUGCCGGAGGGACCGGAGCCGUGGGAGGCGCUCGAGGUGCCGCUGUGCCCCGUGGACCGUCCUAGCCUGGACGUGCUGCUGCCGGGCGUGCGCGAGCGGUGCGCGGAGUCGCUGUCGCGCGCGGCGCCGCAGCUCAUGGGCCAGGACUCGCAGACGCUCAAGCUCCUCCUCUCCAUCAUCAGCCGCCUGCUGAACGUGUCGUCCUCGAACGGGACGCUCGUUGCCGCGCUCGACCAGCAGUGGCGCUCCCUCGCGCAGGUCGCGUGCGACCCCCCGCUCGCGCCGCUCCUCUUCCACGACGUCCUGGGCGCGCAGGUCGGCGCGGGGGGCGCGGACGAGGCCGAGAGCGCGCCCCCGCGGACGCCCACGGCCACCGCGUCGCCAAUGGCGGCGGCAGGCGCGGGCAGCGGCGAACACCGGCGCUUCCUGGGCGGCGCGGUCCGGCCGGGCACGUCGUCGCUGCACACGCGCGACUUCUACACCAGCCAGUGGCGCUUCUGUCGGUGGGUGGUGGUGAAGCACGUGGAGUCCAAGGCGAUGCUGCGGCGCACGCUGAGCUCGCAGUGGGGGUGGCAGUCGUCCGAGGUGCUCAUCGUGAAGCCGGAAGACCUCAACCCAGCAUACCUGAGGCUCCUGGACUCCCUCGUGGGCUACUGCACGCACAAGUACUCCGCCGUGUCGUCCUCGGCGUCCGCCACGCUCUCGAUCGUCUCGCAGCGGUACCCCGGCCUCGCCCAGCGCACCAUGUACCACUUCCUCUCCAUCCUCGCCAACCCGGAGCGCCCGCUGUCAUCGCCGGCGCCGAUGGCGAUCGACGGCGCGCCGGGCGCCGCGGCGGAGCCGGCGACCCCCGACGCGGCGGUCCCGGACGGCGAGGGGCAGGACCAGGCCACGGAGGAGUCGCGCGUCUUCGGCGCGACGGUCGGCGUCAUUUCGACCCUGAGUCAGGUGUUCGAGGACGCGGGGCUGAUGGCGGCCUUCCUGGGGUCGGUGCUCGCGCUGGUGACGUCGCCCAGCGACACGCCGUCGAUCAUCCACUGCACCAUCACUAUCAUGUCGGAGUUCUCCGCGCAGCUGCGGCGCACGGGGCUGGCGGUGCCGAAACCAGGGCACCGCAUGCAGCCCGUCCUGCGCGACAAGGUGUUCGAGCUCCUCCGCGGAGAGCUGUCGCUCGAGGGGAAGUCGAGCGGGGCGGCGCCGACAGCGGAUGGCGGCAACGGCGCGGCGCCGCAGCAGAAGGCGGCGGUCGUGGGGUGGCGCGCGGUGGUCUUCGGAUCGGCGCUGCUUGCGUACGUGGCGCUGCCGGUGUGCGCGCAGGACGAGGAGAUGCUCGCGGCGCUGACUGCGCACUUCGGGCGCAUGUCGAUGAACCGGUUCGCGCCGUUCAGCGUCCUCGGGCGCGCCGUCGUCACCCUGAUGCUGCGGCAGGAAGCGCGCGGCAAGACCGGCGCCGUCUCGCGGCACCUCGCGGCGCUGCUCGCGCCGCCGAGCGGCGAGACCCCCGCGGACACGCUCGUCGACGCGCUCGUGCACGACCGCAGCCUGGUCGCGGAGGCGGCGAGCGCGCAGGAGGGCAUGGCAGCCAUGCUUGCCCCGGGGCAGGGCACGUCGCUGGAGCACAAGGUGGCGUCCGGGAUGGCCGUGCUCGCGCAGGCGUCCGGCCGCUGGCCCGUCUUCCGCACCGCCGCCACCGCCGCGCUGUACGACGGCACGUUCGAGCUGGCGCACGUCGUGUACCUGUCGAGCAUGCUGGACGCGUGCCCGGGGCAGGCGAUCCCCGUCCUGAAGCGCGCCGUCACGGGCCUGGUCUCGACGGCCGGCCACACGGACCUGAGUCAGUGGUCGGCCGCCGCGGAGAUCAUGGCGGCCCUCAUGGGGUGUCUCGACACGUACCGAGGCGGACACUGGGACGAGUGGGCGCGCGCGUGCACGCUCGACGCGCUCCGGCGGUGCCCGAACCAGGUCCAGGACGCGUGGACCGCCGCGCUUCGGUACGCGUGGGCGCGGCUGCUUGGGGGCAACCUGCACGAGCGGUGGACGCCAGAGGGCAACCCCGCGCCGCAGACGCCCGGGGAGGAGUCGCUCGCGGCGGCGGGGGAGGUAGCCGCGCUCAUGCAGGAGGCGCCGAACGAGGCCGCGGGCUGGUCGGCGGUCCGGCGGUACAUCGAGCGGCUUGGGUGGUGCAUCGAGGAGGCUGUGCAGACGGGGAGCGUGGACGCGGCGCCGGUGCGGAAACUCAUCGCGGUGGGCUUCGAGCAGGUCGAGCUGCGGCGGUCGAACCCGUACGUCCGGAGCUCGCUGGCGUGCCUGAUGACGUCGCUGGCGGCGCUGGGACGCCCGCACGGGCACCCGGAGACCCCGGAAGGCAGCCUCUACGCGGCGCCGCUGAAGGCGAUGCUGGACCGCGCGCUGCAGGACCUCGUCGCGGGCGCGGAGCUGCUCCGGGAGCGGCUGGCCGUCGUCGGCGGCACCGGCACGGGCGCGCUGGGCAGUGCGUGGGGCUCGCACCCCCACACGCCGCCCGUGGGGACGGAGGGCGGCGGCGGCGGGCCUGGGCCGGAGGGCGCGGCUGCGGCGUCGAUGCUGAGCGACCUGACCGCGGCGAUGCAGUCGGGGGACGCGGAGGUCGUCGCGCAGGUGUCGCGGAGCUGUGCGCGGCGCGUGGCGCAGAUCGCGCCGAAGGAGACGCUGUACAAGCUGCUCAAGGUGUCGUCCGACGCGGAGGUCACCGCGAAGCUCGCGUCGCUCGACCCGGAGCACCUCCCCGUGGCGCUGACGUCGGUGCUGACGCAGGUCCUCGGCAACGCCCCCGGGGGGGUCGCGGCGCGGCCGGCGCAGCGCGGGAGCAAGCGCAAGAGCCCCGGCGACCCCGCGCCGGAUGCCAACGGCGGCGACGUCGCGAUGGCCGGCGGCGACGACGCGGCCCCGCGCCUGAACGAGCACCCCGCCGUCGUGCGCGCGCACCUCUCGAUCUCCUUCAUCAUGACCGCGACGCACGUGGGCGUGAGCAUCCGGCUGUGGAACACGAUGAUGGACGCCCUGCCGCACGUCCUGUGGAUCCAGGGCAUCCAGGACCAGAGCCUGGCGCAGGUGGCGUCCGACGCGUGGUCGGCGCUGCUGCUCGUGGCGCACCACCCCGUGCGCGACGAGCCGUCGUUCGCGCGCGCGCUGGACGCGAUCCGCACGGCUGCGGAGAGCCCGCAGCGGCAGGUGGCGAUCACCGCGCUGCAGUACUGCCACUUUUUGUGUUUCAAGCACCAGCUGUCGAUGCCGCUGUCGGUGCGCACCGCGGCGGAGGACCUCUUCGUGCAGGGGCUCGCGGACCGCCGCGUGGAGGUCCGCAACACCGCGAUGCAGUGCCUCGCGGCCGUCGUGAAGACGAUCGCCCCCGCGCGGCACAAGGAGCUCCGGCGGCGCUUCCUGACCGAGAUCCAGGCGGUCAGCGCGUCCUCGAAGCGGAGGCGCACGCAGCCCCCGACGCGCGAGGAGCUCGCCGUGCUGCAGGCGCCCGUGCACGGCCUGUCCGCGUUCGUGCUGAGCUCGCCGUACGACGUGCCCACGUGGAUGCCCGGCGUCAUCUCGGCACUCGUCAAGGCCGGGUUCGCGGAGCGGCGCGCGCGGGAGGUCAUCACCAAGACGCUCAGCACGUUCCAGCGGACGCACGAGCGCGAGACGGGCAUCGCGGAGCUGCGGUCGCACUUCAGCGAGGACGACUGGGACGCGUUCCGGUCGCUCGCGGCGCCCUGCACCUACUUCUGCUGA